AUGGUGAGGUCAUCAUAUAGCUUUCAAAUUGUAGAUGUUUGGGAUGAUUUUGGAUUUGAUUAUUCUCGACUACAUGAUGGGGAUAAUUAUGUCAAAUAUACGAACAUUGCGCCUGCUGCCAAAAUGAAAGAUGAACAAAUUGUUGAUCUUGAUGAUGACGUGCCAAGUCCAAAUAUUAAUGAGUCGAAUGCAAACCCAACAAAGAAAGCAAAAACAAAUGAUCCGACGUCGGGAGUGUGGGAAUUUUUUGAUCGUUUAGGUACUGGAUCUGAUGGAAAGCCACAAGCUGCAUAUGAGGAUGACGAUGAAACAUUGAAAGGAUCAAACUCAUCUAUGGUCGGUUCAAGCGAUUCGGGAGGUGAAGAUGAAGACGGGAACUAG